GGGCGGUGCCCGCGCUCUAGGGACAGCUUCACGCCCUCGGGCGGGACAGAAACAAGCUGAGAGCAGUUGUGGGCGCAGGGCCUCCAAAAUGAGGCCGGCGUUCGCCCUGUGCCUCCUGUGGCAGGCGUUCUGGCCCCGGCCGGGCCAUGGCGAACACCCCACCGCCGACCGCGCGGGCUGCUCGGCCUCGGGGGCCUGCUACAGCCUGCACCACGCCACCUUCAAGCGGCAGGAGGCCGAAGAGGCCUGCAACCUGCGCGGCGGGGCGCUCAGCACCGUGCGCGGGGGCGCCGAGCUCCGCGCGGUGCUCGCUCUCCUGCGGGCAGGCCCGCGGCCCGGAGAGGGCUUCAAAGACCUUCUAUUCUGGGUGGCGCUGGAGCGCAGGCGAUCCCACUGCACCCUGGAGAACGAGCCGUUGCGGGGUUUCUCUUGGCUGUCCCCCGACGUCGGCGAGUCAGAAAGCGACACGCUGCAGUGGGUGGAGGAGCCCCAACGCUCCUGCACCGCUCGCAGUUGCGCGGGACUCCAGGCCACCGGGGGAAUCGAGCCCGCAGGCUGGAAGGAGAUGCGAUGCCAGCGGCGCGCCGACGGCUACCUGUGCAAGUACCAGUUUGAGGGCUUGUGCCCCGCUCCGCACCCCGGGGCCGCUUCUAACUUGAGCUACCGCGCGCCCUUUCAACUCUACAGCGCGGCGCUGGACUUCAGUCCCCCCGGGACCAAGGUGAGUGCGCUCUGCCCGGGGCAGCUCUCCAUCACAGCCACCUGCACCGCGGACGAGGUCGGCGCGCGCUGGGACAGGAUACCCUCCGGGGCCGUGCUCUGUCCCUGUCCCGGGAGAUACCUCCGUGCUGGCAGAUGCGCGGAGCUCCCUGACUGCCUAGAUGACUUGGGAGGCUUUGCUUGUGAAUGUGCUGCGGGCUUUGUGCUGGGGAAAGACGGACGCUCUUGUGUAACCAGUGGGGAAGGACAGCCGGCCCCUGGAGGGACCAAGGUGCCCACCUGGCACCCAGCAGCCACUGCAGCCAGCCCCGUGCCGAAGAGAACGUGGUCACCCAGUGUCCAGGAGGAGUCAAGACAGACACCCCGUGCCCCCGGACAAGGCCUUUCAGCAACAUCUAUUCCCGAGAUUCCUGGGUGGGGAGAGCAGAGCACGAUAUCUACCCUUCAAAUGUCCCCUCAAACUGAGUCAAAGGCCGACGUCACCAAUUCAGGAAGGGUGAUUCCGAAGCCUAAUUCCACAUCUUCCUCUGACAGUCCCCAGGCUUUGGAUUCCUCCUCCACCGUGGUCUUACUACUUGUUAGCAUAGCGGUAGUAGUGUUGGUGAUACUGACCAUGACAGUGCUGGGGCUUUUCAAACUCUGCUUCCACAAGAGCCCUUCCCCUCCGCCAAGAAAGGGGCCUUUGGCCCCACGGGGCAUAGAGAGUGAUGCUGAGGCUGCUGCUCUGAACUCUAAUUCUGUACAUUGCACAGACAACGGGGUUAAGGUCAGGGACUGUGGUCUGCAGGACAGAGUCGAGGGAGCCUCACUGACAGGCUCCUCUCUUGGCUCUGGGGACACAUAGGGAAACAGGGAACAAUGAGCACUUCUGGUGAGCAGAGUUUUUCACUUUCAGUGAAAAGAGAAAAGGAGAAGAGGAACUUAUUUGUGCGACUGACAUUACCUACAAAAAUUUCCCUUCUAAAUUCCCUCUACUCCACUGAGGAGCUAAAUCUGAACUGGGCACGACUUCCCUGAAGAUGGAGAAACUGGAAGUGCCUUAGGGUGGUGGAGGGAGUGGGGCAGAAUCCUACCAGGGGGAGAUAUUUCUUGUGUUUAUUCUGAGAGAUUUGGAGAGGUGAUUGAACUUUUUAAGACACGAGAAGCAAAUACAUUUUUAAUUUUCUUUUUUGCCAAAAUAGAAAGGAAAUCUGUCUGCAUUGUUCAGACUGGGAGUAUAUUGGUUUGAAAUUCCCAGGCCGAAAAUAAAGGAUUGUUGAUAACCCAAACUCAAAAUCAUUGGUGUCCCAGACGGGUGAUUAUUCAGGAGGAACAGCUGAGGGGCAUGCUGGGAAUAGCAGCAAGAGUGCCUCCUGCAUUUAGGCUGAGUGGG